GCGGGUAAAGUAUUCUUGAAUACACUAUUAAGUCUUGUUUAACCUUUUCAAAUAUUUCUCUAGAAACAUGUUGUACCGUUGCACAGAUGCAGACGUGGAGUUCAAGAGAUCUACCUCAAGACGUGGAAAGCAUAAACGCGGCACUGCCAAACGUGAAGCUGUGCAAGCUCACAUUUUGUCGCAUAAUCCUACUAUAUCGCACUACCGGCGAGAACAUGCGCCCAACCGUUUGUAUCUGCCAUCCGAUCUUUGCGAGAAACGAAUGCACCAAGAGUUUUCAGAAACGUGUAACAUGAAGGUCAGCUAUGCUUUCUACUGUCGAGUUAUGAAAGACAUGAACAUAUCACUAGUUAAACUAGGACAUGAGCAAUGUGAAUGUUGUGUAGCUGCUAUCCAACAUCGCAAGCAAUCCGGUCAUCAGGAGCAGUUGACAGAACAAAAUUUUUCAUGUGCGGUAUGUGUAGCAUUUACACAGCAUAUACGUGCGGCCGGUGAAUCACGAUCAGCAUAUCGGGAGGAUGGUGAAAUCGUUUCACCGAAAACAGUAGUACUAGCUGUGGAUUUACAGAAGGUCAUUCAGAUACCUCGAUUGGAAGGGCUUAAAUCCGUGGUUUUUUUCACAACGACUACUUGCUUUCAACGAGACAUUUGCUCCGGUAGGAAAGUAUUCACAGAAGUAUCCCGUCAUUGCGUGUGUUUGGGAUGAAGCAAUUAGCGGUCGGUCGGCAUACGAUAUACUUAGUUGUUUUCAUCAAGUUCUAUUAAGAUUCAAAGAUCUGGACAAGGUUACACUGUGGUUGGACAAUUGCUCCGCUCAAAAUAAGAAUUGGAACUUUUUAAUUCAUCUCACUCUAUUGAUUAAUUUAUCUUUAGUCCAGUUGAAAGAAGUUGUUCUUAAAUAUUUUGAGUCGGGUCAUGCAUUCAUGGCUGCUGACAGCUUUCACGCAGCAGUUGAAAAAGGAAUGCACCACGGCGGGCUUGUUAUUACCACACCCGAUUUCAUCUCUGUCGUCGGUAAAGCCAAAAAAAAAUGUUGAGGUGAUCAGUUUGUACCCAAACGACUUUUUUCAAAGCUCAAUAACAGUUUCGCAGUACACACUGAAUUUAUGCAGGCCUCGUCCAUACAUAGAAGCCAUAAAAAAGGUCGUAUUGAAAAAAGGAAGCUACGAGUUUGAAUACAGCAGCAGCCUUGGUACAACAGCUCCAAUAAAUCGUUGCAAUCUUUUUUCGAAGAAGCAGCAAAAGCUGGUGAUUGAUAAUUUUGAUUUGGAUAAAACUUUAAAAAGACGAAAAUCACCUUGUGGAAUCGAUAAGGAUCGUAAAACGACAUUGCUGAAUACAUUACGUCCGCUAUUAGAAGAGACAAAAGCAGAUUUUUGGACUAACCUUCCAGAAUCGAAAUAAGAUGCAAUAAUCGAAUUACUGUC